GUUGCAGUGGUGCAGAAUGGCAGACCUCAGUCUUGCAGAUGCGUUGACAGAGCCACCUCCUGAAAUUGAGGGAGAGAUAAAGCGAGACUUCAUUGCCACACUGGAGGCGGAGGCCUAUGAUGAUGUUGUGGGAGAAACUGUUGGAAAAACUGAGUGUAUUCCUCUUCUGGAUGGUGAUGAAAAACGUGGGAACUCAGAGUCAAAAAAGAAAUCAUGUUCAGACACUAGCCAGGUUGAAGGUAAGUUAAGAUAAUAGGAUAAGUAUGUUCAGAUUGGGGUCUAU